UUCUCAAUGUAUUUUGUAUCGGAGAACCGGAGCUAGUUCACAUAAUUUGUCGAACAAUGACACAUCGAAGCCAGGCAUCAUCUGGGCUAUGCUCAUUGAAUACACUGGCAGAAGGACAGCAGCUUGUAAAGCAUGGCUUUUCACAGAUCAUCCCAGGCUACCAAGAAAUAUCCAGCAAAACCACAUCCGAUCUCCGAGGCUCCAAGCUUGCCUUUCCAUCGAAUAGAUGGAUCUAUUUGCAGGCACACUUAUUUGCCUCACAGGUGUUACCAAUUUGUCCAAUAGCAAGGCAGAAUUCAGCACAGCAGACAUCAGUAUAUUCACUGCCUGGUUCACAGCAGACGUCACGCCUUCGGAGAUUCAUAGGAUUGGCCAUGAUGUGGCUAGCCAUGAGGGCAAUGGUGAGGGUGAGGAUCGUGGAGAGUUGCAUUUCGUUGUAUUAGUUAAAAGUUCGAGCUGUGCUAUUGAGGCUUGACGUUAAAGCGG